UCCAAGGACGCUGAUGAUCAGCCAGACGUUUUUGUAGACGGCAGUAACUUCCUGUGGAAGUAUAUGUUUUCUGCCUGUAAGGAGAAUCUCUGGUAAAUGGUACUGGGAGUACAUAGGGGAUAGUGUAGUUAUGACUCAGGUUAUAGUUCCUCCAGAAUGUAUCCUUGAUCUCACUCAAUGUAAUGUAGCAGUGUAACUGGUGAAAAAUGACGAACUUCGAAAUUAUUUGAUCAGUGUCUAUGUGGAUGUAUGAAAGAUACUCAUAGUAUUUGAUGCAGCAUGCCUGAGCAUUCACUGCUUCGUAAACCUUUGCCUCCAAAACUCUCUCCUCCUAAAAGUGUUUUUACUGCUAAGGAAAGCAAAGGCUUGCAUCCAGGUUAUGAACAAAGAAUUAUAAGAAACUGUGCUCCUGAGAGUUUACCAGAAAUUCAGUUUGGUUUGUAUUCAGGUUAUGAAGGAAGAAUUCUGAGAAGCUAUGUUCUUGCAAGUUCACCAGAAAGUCAGUAUUGCUAUCCAAAAACUCAUAAGUGUAGUUUGCAAGACAUUAGAAAUAAACUACCUGUUCAGAUCAUUAGAAACUUUGUUGUCCCUUUUACACCCAGUGGUCCCGACAGCCUUCCUUUACGAAAGCCGCGUAUAUGUCGACCACGAGUUCAUCUCCUGGAAGUUGUACAUGAUGAUCCCCGCUAUAUAACAAAACCAGAGUUUUCGCUGGAUGAUUUUCUUGCAAAACCAGAACUAUACUCCUGGCCUGCUAAAGAACAACUGGAAAAAGCAGUUAUUUCUCGACAUAACUACAAAAAGCUUGUGGAGCUCUUUACUACAGAACUUCAAAAGAGAACUCAAACAAAAAUAAAUACAUUGCUAUUAUCAAGUGAUGACAUCCCAGAGGCUUCUUCAAGAGUACCAUACAGACAGGUUAUCCUAGAAAUGGCAGCUUUAAUUAGACAGCAUGCAAAAAGAGUAACUUUCAAGGAGUAUGUUGCUGAAGAUGAAGGUGCAGAUAACCUGGAAGAGUCUGAUGCUGCACUGACAACAGACAGGGGCAGAAUUACAGACAAAGAAAGUUCCUUUGCAGAAUGUGCAGGUGCUGAAGCCAUUCUGAACUCAUUUUCAUCGAAAUAUUUUCAGGGUGCGCUGCGCAGUGGCUCACCUUUCAAAUAUGGUGAAGGGAAUGAAAUGAUCUCCCCUUCUGAACUGGCUGUUCUAGACUGUUUAGUACAAGGUGGGACUGUGCUUAGCCUCAAGGCCCAUUUUAUACCUCAAGUACCAGAUCUGACACCUUUACGCCACACUUUAUGUUAUCUCAACUUGUCGUUUAAUUAUCUGCAGCAAAUUCCUAAUGAGCUCUUUUAUAUUCAAAACUUAGAAGUCCUGAAAUUACGAAACAAUCCUAUUAAGAAGAUUCCUGCUGGCAUUGAAAAACUUGGAAAACUUAGGACCUUUGUUAUUUCAUUCUGCUUAUUGUCAGCGCUGCCUACUGGAUUGUUUUGCUUGCCUUGUCUUCAGUUUUUGGAUGUUUCCUAUAACAGCAUUUCAUCCAUUCCAAAUGAUAUCCAAAAGCUCAGAGCACUUGAAUUUCUUAAUGUUGAGGGCAAUGAGCUGCCUGCAUUACCUUGUGGAGCUCUGCAACUUCCACUAAAACAACUGCGAGUGCAGAAUAACUAUAUGCACCCAUUAUUUUGGAAAUUCAACUCCCAGAACCAGCCUCAGAGGCUUACUGAUCUGGCUGCUGUGACCUUUUCAAAGAGCAACCUGUCUCAUACUUACUCAAAGAUUCCUGAGGCUGUGCAGGAAAUCUUGUCCAGCACAAUGUCUGGUAGCUGUGACUGUUGCAAAGGGCCUCUGUACGGUGGACUUAAACUGAUUCGUCACUGUGGAAAAGCCUUUGGAAUCCGUCACCUUCCCUUCAUAUUUUAUGUUUGCUCACCAUCAUGUUAUGAUGUUUUUAUGUCCAAGAGCAACAUUAUUUCUGAAGAUUAUGACUGAAUUUUUGGAAUAGUUUGCAGCAUGACAGUGCUAUACCAUUAUGGACAUACAUUCUCCAACUAUCAGAAAUUUGCUUAAAACGAAUACUGACCUUGCAAGUUACUUUAUGUUCUAGGGAUUCUUUUCCUCCAUUCUUGUUUUGAAGAAGCUGCAAAACCCAUCAGUUUAUUGUGUUUCACUGAAAUUUAUGAAACAUCACAUAUAUACAUACCUUUUAAUUACAGAGCAUUUAAAACUAAUAUGUUUAUAGCAUUGUUACUUUAUUUUUAUAGUGUUCAAGUUUUACAUUUUGUUUGCAGAAAUAUCUGUUUAUGUGAAACUGAUGCUUCCGUACAAUACAAGUCUUGUUACUGAGUA